UCUCCUAUCCUUCGCUGCGUCAACAAGGUUUUCUAAGUCAUCGAAAGUAUUCGUCAUUUGUAAUGACGAGCAUGGAGUGGCGGCGACCAGUGAAGCCAACAGCCGUAGAAGAUCGCGUCAAAUUUGUGUGGAUGUGGGUGGAAGGUAUGUCACUCCGCGCCAUAGCCCGAGAGACAGGUGCCAGCGUGACCACCGUGUACAGGUGGGUCCACCGCUGGCAGCAAGAAGGCAAUGUCAACACCAAACCUCGCGGACACAAACCCCUUGUAACACACAGGGAUCUUGAUUUAGCCAACAUUCCUGAAGUGAUGCAUCAGUCCUCGACAACUUCACUGGAUUACACUUCCCUCCAGUGUUAUCAUAAGCCAGACAAAGUUCCCUACUACCGAGAUCUCAUGGAAAUGGUAGAACAUUAUUACCCAUCUUCAUACAUGGAUUAUCUAACGCUCUUGGCAAAGAUUCAUAAACUUCGAUCUACAUUCGAAUAUCUUAAUAACCAGUUUAUAGACAAAUACAGGAAUUUGGUCCCCAUAAAUAGAGUUCCCAGGGUUCACACCAUAUGUGCCACAGAUCUAGAUCAAUAAUAUUAGAAACUACGGAGUAUCAAACAAAAAAAUAAUGGGAAAGACUCAGUCUUCAGGUCAGAACUAGACCAAAGAGAAUGACAGUAGUGCAAAAAGUAUAAAUACAAAAAUUGUAAUUCAAUAUUUAGUCAUUGUGUGUCUGAGUACCACUGUGGAGCGACUCGCCAUAAUGUUUUGUGCCUACAUGUUACCUAACAAAGUUUGAUUUAAGUCAAUAAUGCAAUAUAUAUCAUUGAUUCCAUUAAAACGUUUUGCAGUCUCAAA